GUUUUAUAGGAUGGGAGUAGAACACUGAUGGAAUUCCUGGAUGUUUUAUAGGAUGGGAAUGGAACACUGAAAGAAAUCUUGGAUAUUUCAUAGGGUGAGAGUGGAACAUUGAGGGAAUUCCCAGUUUUCUGGAAUAGAUUUUUCCCAGGGCAGCGUGGAAAAUGAAGGUCAGAGGCUGAGGGAGCCACAGCUGCAAAGGGCACCUGGAAUUCAGAGUCGGGGUCUGGAGGCCGCGCCCGGAGCCGGGGGAGGAUCCAUGGACAAGCCAAGCAACUUCUGACUCAGCGUUUUCUGGGAUCAAAUUCCAUGGCAAUGUAUCCUACCAGGGUCUCCGGCGAGGAAUGCAACGGCAUCAACGCCAUGGCGGCCGAGAGCGGCCCCGGCACGCGCCUGCGCAACCUCCCGGUGCUGCCGGACGCGCUGGACUCCACGCAGCCGUCGGCGGCGCCGGCGCCGGGCCAGGCCCAGCCCGGGGGCGGCGUCGGGGUCAAUCCCCCGCCGCCGGAGACGUCCAACCCCAACAAACCCAAGCGCCAAACCAACCAGCUGCAGUACCUGCUCAAGGUGGUGCUCAAGACCCUCUGGAAGCACCAGUUCGCCUGGCCCUUCCAGCAGCCCGUGGACGCCGUCAAGCUCAACCUCCCGGAUUAUUAUAAAAUAAUUAAAACUCCGAUGGAUAUGGGAACAAUAAAGAAACGUUUGGAAAAUAAUUAUUACUGGAAUGCUCAAGAAUGUAUCCAGGAUUUCAACACCAUGUUUACAAACUGCUACAUCUACAACAAGCCAGGGGAUGACAUAGUGCUGAUGGCAGAAGCUCUGGAGAAACUUUUCCUGCAGAAAAUCUCGGAGAUGACGCAGGAGGAGACGGAAAUCGUCAUCGCCCAGACCAAGGGCCGGGGCCGCGCGCGCAAGGAAGCAGUGCCAUCCAAGCCCGGUUCCUCGGCGCUGCCCCCGGCGCCCCAGGCUCCCUCCCCGGCCGCGGCCGUGCCGCCGGUGCCGGCGCCGGGCCUGGCGCCCCCUCUGGCCUUCCCCGGCGCGGUGAGCGCGGCCGAGCUGCUGGUGCCGCCCGCCAUGACCGCCGUGCCCCCCGUGCCCCCCGCGCCCGCCCCGGCGCCGCCGGCGGCGCCCGCGCCCGCGCCGCUGCAGCCGCACCCGCCCGUCAUCCCCACGCCCGCGCAGCCCGUCAAGACAAAGAAGGGGGUGAAGAGGAAAGCAGACACCACCACGCCCACCGCCAUGGACCCCAUCCACGACUCGUCGUCGCUGCCCAACGAGCCCAAGGCCACCAAGCUGGGCCCGCGGCGCGAGAGCAGCCGGCCCGUGAAGCCCCCCAAGAAGGAGAUCCCGGACUCGCAGCAGCACUCGGGCGAGAGCCGCGGCUCCAAGGCCUCGGAGCAGCUCAAGUACUGCGGAGGGAUCAUCAAGGAGAUGUUCGCCAAAAAACACGCGGCCUACGCCUGGCCCUUCUACAAACCCGUGGACGUGGAGGCGCUGGGGCUGCACGACUACUGCGACAUCAUCAAACACCCCAUGGACCUCAGCACCAUCAAGUCCAAGCUGGAGAGCCGGGAGUACCGGGACGCUCAGGAAUUCGCGGCCGACGUGCGGUUGAUGUUCUCCAACUGCUACAAGUACAACCCCGCCGACCACGAGGUGGUGGCCAUGGCCCGCAAGCUGCAGGACGUGUUCGAGAUGCGCUUUGCCAAGAUGCCGGACGAGCCGGAGGAGCCGGUGAUUCCCGCCUCGUCCCCCGUGGUGGUCCCGCCCCCCACCAAGGUGGCCCCGCCCUCGUCCAGCGACAGCAGCAGCGACAGCUCCUCCGACAGCGACAGCUCCUCCGACGACUCCGAGGAGGAGCGGGCGCAGCGCUUGGCCGAGCUCCAGGAGCAGCUCAAGGCCGUGCACGAGCAGCUGGCGGCGCUGUCCCAGCCCCAGCAGAACAAACCAAAGAAGAAGGAGAAGGACAAGAAGGAGAAGAAGAAGGAGAAGCACAAAAAGAAGGAGGAGCUGGAGGACGCCAAGAAGAGCAAAGCCAAGGAGCCGCCGCCCAAGAAGGCCAAGAAGAGCAACAGCAACAGCAGCGCCUCCAGCAAGAAGGAGCCGGCGCCGGUGAAGCCCAGCAAAGCCGCGCCCGCCUACGAGUCGGAGGAGGAGGAGAAGUGCAAGCCCAUGUCGUACGAGGAGAAGCGGCAGCUGAGCCUGGACAUCAACAAACUACCCGGGGAAAAGCUGGGCAGGGUCGUGCACAUCAUCCAGUCCCGGGAGCCGUCGCUCAAGAACUCCAACCCCGACGAGAUCGAGAUCGACUUCGAGACGCUGAAGCCGUCGACGCUGCGCGAGCUCGAGCGUUACGUCACCUCCUGCCUGCGCAAGAAGAGGAAACCCCCAGAGAAGCUCGACGUCCUGGCCGGCUCCUCCAAGCUGAAGGGUUUCUCCUCGUCGGAGUCGGAAUCCAGCAGCGAGUCGAGCUCCUCCGACAGCGACGAGUCGGACUCAGAAAUGGCGCCAAAAUUGAAGAAAAAAGGGCACUCGGGGCGGGAGCAAAAAAAGCACCACCACCACCACCACCAACCGGCGCCGGCGCCGCCGCAGCCCCCUCCGGCCCCGCCGCAGCCCGUCCCGGCGGCGCUGCAGCCGCCGCAGCCGCCGCCCGUCCCGCAGCCCGCCGCGCCCCUCAAGGCGUCGCCGCCUCCGCCGCCGCCCUUCGUCCCCGCGCAGGUGCCCGUCCUGGAGCACCCCUUGCCGGGGACCAUGUUCGACACCAUGGCCCAUUUUGGCCAACCCAUGCUGCACCUGCCCCAGCCCGAGCUGCCCCCGCCCCACCUGCCCCCGGCGCCCGAGCACAGCACCCCCCCCCACCUCAACCAGCACGUGGUGUCUCCUCCAGCUUUGCACAACGCUCUGCCUCAGCAGCCCUCGAGGCCCAGCAACCGGGCGGCGGCGCUGCCCCCGAAGCCGCCGCGGCCGCCGGCCGUGUCCCCGGCGCUGCCGCCGCCGCCGCAGCCCCCGCCGCAGCCGCUGCUCCCGCAGCCCCCGCUGCCGCAGCCGCCGCAGGUGCUGCUGGAGGACGAGGAGCCGCCCGCGCCGCCGGUGCCGCCGCCGGUGCCGCCGCCGCCGCACCACGGCCUCCCCCUGAGCACCAGCCAGAUGCAGCUGUACCUGCAGCAGCUGCAGAAAGUGCAGCCGCAGACUCCGCUUCUCCCUUCAGUGAAGGUCCAGUCGCAGCCGGCGCCGCAGCCGCAGCCGCCGCCGCCUCCCCCGGCGCUGCCGCCGCCGCCGGCGCAUCCCGCGGUGCAGCCGCUGCAACCGCCGCCGCGCCCGCUGCACCUGCAGCCCCUGCCCUUCCCGUCGCACCUGGCGCAGCCGCCGGCGCCGCCGCCGCAGCAGCAGCCGCAGCAGCAAGCGCAGCCGCAACCGGCGCCGCCGCAGCCGCCGCAGCCGCAACCGGCGCCGGCCAAACCGCAGCAGGUCAUCCAGCACCACCCGUCGCCGCGGCACCACAAGCCCGACCCCUACGGCACCGGUCACCUGCGGGAAGCCCCCUCCCCUCUCAUGAUGCCUUCCCCACAGAUGCCGCCGUUCCAGGGCCUCGUGCCUCAGUCGCCCCCUCAGCAAAACAUCCAGCCAAAAAAACAGGAGCUGCGCGCGGCCUCGGUGGUGCAGUCGCAGCCGCUGGGCGGGCCCAAGGAGGAGAAGCUGCACUCGCCCGUGAUCAGGAACGAGACCUUCAGCCCCCCCCUGCGCCAGGAGCCCCCCAAGGGCCACCCCGAGGGCAUCAAGGCGGCCCCGCACCUCCCCCAGCGGCCGGAGCUGAAGCCCCUGGAGGGGGGAGGUCCCCGUCCCGUGAUCCGACCCCCGGAGCCGACCCCGCCCGCCCCGGACAAGGAGCGGCAGAAACCGGAGCCCAAAACCCCCGUGGCCCCCAAAAAGGACCUGAAGAUCAAGAACAUGGGCUCGUGGGCCUCGCUGGUGCAGAAGCACCCGGCGGCGCCGGCGGCCGCGGCCAAGUCCUCGAGCGACUCCUUCGAGCAGUUCAAGCGCGCGGCGCGCGAGAAGGAGGAGCGGGAGAAGGCGCUCAAGGCCCAGGCCGAGCAGGUGGAGCGCGAGAAGGAGCGGCUCAGGAGGGAGCAGGAGAGGAUGAGGACCCGGGAGGACGAGGAGGCGCUGGAGCAGGCGCGGCGGGUGCACGAGGAGGUUCGGCGGCGCCAGGAGCAGCAGCAGCCGCCGGGGCCCGGCGCGGGCGCGGUGCCGGUGCCGGUGCCGGUGUCGGCGGCGUCGGCGCCGCCGCAGCCCCAGAGCUCCCAGAGCUCCCAGUCCAUGCUGGACCAGCAGCGGGAAAUGGCCCGGAAGAGGGAGCAGGAGAGGAGGCGCCGGGAAGCGAUGGCGGCGACGAUCGACAUGAACUUCCAGAGCGACCUCCUGGCGAUUUUCGAGGAGAAUCUUUUCUAGGAGAGGCGAUUCCGGCCGGGAAUUUGACUCUUUCCCAAAAAAAAAAAAAAACAAAAAAACCAACAAAAAACCAACACACACACACAAAAAAAACCCAAAAAAA